CGAGCGCUGCUGGACCAGGGGGCAGCUCUGCAGCCGCCUUCCGCCAGCCGCGGGUUAGCGGCGCCCAAAAGCAGGGCAGCGGGGGCGGGGCUCUGGUUAAGUCACACGCCUGCGCAGAACUCCAGCCUCGUAGUAGGACGGUCGGCUCCUGAGCAGCGGAAGCUACCGCGCCUCCGGAGGUGGCUAAGACUUGUGUCGGGUUCUUUCCAGCUCAGCCUUAAGGCGCAAGGACUCGAGUGGACAGAAAAGUGGAGAGAAGGCCGGGUGGUUCCCCCGCACUGGGCAUCCCAGUCCGCCACGGAGCCUGAGGAGCUUCUGGCGUCUUCCUGCUCGGCUUCCAGAGAGGGCCCCUUCCGGCCUGGAGAGCUGAUUUUAGCUGAAGCGGGGAGGCGAGAAACGCAGUUUAAGAAAUGAUUUAGGCUGCGCGACGUCGGACACUUUGACGGUAACUGGGCAGUCCGGUUCAGCGAGGUCGUGGGCGAGUUCCUGGCCAGACACUGGAGUUCCUCAGGGAAGCGUUUCUUGCUGAAGAAGCCAGCGUUGGAAGACUAUGUAUUAUUGAUGAGAAUAGGGCCUACCAUAACGUAUCCGAAGGAUGUGAAUAUGAUGCUACUGAUGAUGGACAUUAGCCCAGGGGACAUUGGUUUGGAAGCAGGCUCAGGCUCUUGUGGAAUAAGCUUAUUUUUAUCCAGAGCAGGUAAGAUUGGGGUAAAUAAAAUAGGUCUGGAUGAUUAAGAAACCAGUUUCUUCAAAAUGACAAAAUUAAAGAGAUUAAGCUAUUUGGAGAAAUACAUAACUCUGGUAGUUCUCAAAUCUAAAUGGAAGCACCUGUUUUUCUUAAGAUUUUUGUGCCUUCAUUCCAGCCAUUCUUUCUACCCUUCUUUAUAUUUUCUUUGCUUUCUUUUACCCCUUUCAUGUUUAUACCUUUUAAAAGUGAAAGAGUAUAACAUAGCUCUAGAAAAGUACACAGAUUAUAAACAUGUACCUCCAUGAGUUUUUCCUCUAGUGACUGUACUGUGUAGGUAGUGCCCAGACUGAAGUAGGGAAUGAGCCUGUACCCAGAUGCCUCUUGCAUGCGCUUCUGAAUCCUCCCUACAGAUAACCACUGUUCUGAUGUUUAUCAUAACCAAAUCAUUUUGCUUGUGUCCAUCCUUAUUAAUGGAAUAGCAGAGUGCUUUGUAUCUGGCUACUCUCAUUCAUCAUUUGUGGGUGAAAUUAAGCUUUCGGGGCUGGAGAGAUGGCUCAGCAGUUAAGA